CAACCCACAUUGAGCUUCCGGUGUUCUGAGAUCCGAAGAUGCCUGAGCCCGCGAAGUCCGCGCCCGCCCCGAAGAAGGGCUCCAAGAAGGCGGUGACCAAGGCGCAGAAGAAGGACGGCAAGAAGCGCAAGCGCAGCCGCAAGGAGAGCUACUCGGUGUACGUGUACAAGGUGCUGAAGCAGGUGCACCCCGACACGGGCAUCUCCUCCAAGGCCAUGGGCAUCAUGAACUCGUUCGUCAACGACAUCUUCGAGCGCAUCGCGGGCGAGGCGUCGCGCCUGGCGCACUACAACAAGCGCUCGACCAUCACGUCGCGGGAGAUCCAGACGGCCGUGCGCCUGCUGCUGCCCGGGGAGCUGGCCAAGCACGCCGUGUCCGAGGGCACCAAGGCCGUCACCAAGUACACCAGCUCCAAGUGAAGUGGACAUGCCAAGAGGAGGAGACCUGAUGUCUUUUGUACCACUCAUCAGUGCUGGAUGUUGUUUCCUUUGGCA